AUGGUGAAAACAGUUCUAGUUCUUGGUGCCACUGGAACCCAGGGCGGAUCCAUCGCCAAUCUGUUGGUUCAGUAUCCAGAUCAGUACCUGGUUCGAGCCCUUACUCGAAAUCCUGAUUCGGUCAAGGCCAAAGUACUUGCUGCGAAAGGAGCUCAGCUAAUAAAGGCCGAUUUGACUGUUCCCUCAACCCUGCCAGAGGCAUUCAAGGGUGUCUGGGGUGUCUUUGCAGUCACUGACUUCUACGAUACGACUGUUCUUGAUGAUCCCAUGAGCGAGGAAAAGCAAGGCCAGCACAUCGUUCAAGCUUCAGUCGAAGCAGGAGUAGAAUGCUUCUUGUGGAGCACCUUGCCAAGCUCUCGAGAAAUCUCCGGUGGCAAGUUUGUCACUAGGCUAUAUGAAGGGAAACAAUCAGUUGAUGCCGUUAUUCGUGAAGCCGGUCUCAAGGGAGCUUUCAUUCGUACUGGAAACUUCUACGAGAACAUGAUUUCUCGUAAAUAUGCUUCAUAUGACAAAAACGCUGAUGUCAUUACCAUGACACGACCCAUUAUCGGCCCGGAUGCUGAACUAACUUCACUUUAUGUUGAGAAAGACCUUGCGGCUGUUGCCAAGGCGCUUUUCGACCAGUGGGAGGAUAAGAAGAGCAGUCUUGAUGGUAAAUACUUUCUGGCCAGCGGUGCCCGUGAGACGAUGGGGGAUAUCAAUGCUGUUCUAGAGAGAGUCUCCGGGAAAAAGGUAUUUUACAAGGUAAAACCGACGUGUGGAAUCCCAGAUCGCGACAUUAUGUUACAACUCUACAACAAUGUGGGAAUGUAUCCUGGGGUUGAUAUUCCGACUCCUGAGGUGGCAGAGCUGGGCGUGAAGCUACAUGGUGCUGAAGAUUUCAUACGGGAGAAAUUACUUCCGCAUCUUGGCCUCAAGGCACAAAACUAG